AGGAGCGACAACCACGACCACGACCACCAGAGAGCCUCAGAGCCAUGUCGGACUCAGACUCGGACUUCGACAAUGAGCUGCUGGAGCUCGCAGGCCAUCCAUCAGCCAAUAGACGCAAAGUCAGGGAAGAUUUCUCCGAUUCAGACGAAGAUGCAACAGAGACAGAAGAUGCCUUGCCGUAUCCACUUGAAGGCAAGUACAAAGACGAAGAAGAUCGUGCCCAUAUUCUUAGUCUAUCAGAAGUCACACGAGAGACAAUCUUGUAUGAACGUGAGGAGGAACGCAAUAGUCUACGAGAGCGACAACAGCUACAAGCUCGACUGAAGCAACAACAGCAACAGCAGCAAAAGCAAGAUAAGCAACAGACAGCACGUCGCUCUGCACGUGAGGCGACUACACCGAAAUCGUCAGCGUUGUCGGAAUUGAAGCGGAAACGAGAGGCAAAGACGAAACGUGCGGCGGAGGAUGAUGCGACACCUAGAAAACGCAGGGCGCCGUCAUAUAGCUCGGAUGAGGAUUCAGAGGAGGAAGGUGCGUUAUCUGAUGAGAGUGAGCAUGAGGUGCGUGGUGGACGCGGGAGAGCCGUUCACGGUGGCAGACGCGGACAAGCUACGCAACAAGCACAGCGGGAGCAAGAAGACAAGGAAGGCAGUCUACCGCUCACCUUCAAGGAUGCUUGCCAAAUUCGCAUGACGCGCAAGCAACUCGUCAAGUUCCUUUAUUACCCACAGUUUGCGGAUACAGUGCGGGACUGUUUCUUGAGAAUUGCAGUGGGUCAGGAUCGAGAGGGCAAGUCCUUGUAUCGGUUGUGUACCAUCAAGUCUGUUGCUGAAGCCUCGAGGCCGUACAGAUUGCCGGAUGGACAACUCUGUAACCGCACACUUGAGUGUGCGCAUGCGAAUGCGGUUCGGACGUUCGAGAUGACUUAUGUCUCUGAUACGGCCUUUAGUGAGCAAGAGUUUGAUCACUGGAAGCAGUCGAUGGAAAAGGACAAGUCAUCGCUUGUGAAAAAGCGUAAAGUCAAGACCAAGUUGCGAUCACUUGAAGCGAUGAAUGCGUUCCAGCUCACCGACAAGGAGAUUAGUGAGAUGAUUGCAGAACGCAGCAAGCUCUCCGCUAUCCCCAAGAAUGUGGCCCUUGAAAAGAUGCGAUUGCAGUCGCUCUUGUCUGAAGCGAGAGAUGUUGAGGAUUACGCACGAGCGGAUGAGAUUGCCUCACAGCUCAACAAGAUUGAGGAACUCACGCGUGAUCGUCGUGGUAAUGCAGAUUUGGAUAAGAUGUCCAAGCUCAAUCUGCGAAAUCGACAAAAGACCAUGGCAUCUGUGUCCAAGGCCGAGUUGGGGAAUGCCGAUAAGCGACGUGCUGCAGAGAGUAGUGGUUUGGCGACGGGAGAUCCCUUCUCUAGGCUCAAGACAAGGCCCAAGACAUUCUUUGAGAGUACGCCGGGGACACCUGCACCUGGCUCGCCGGGGCCCGUCGCUGCGACCUUGCCUGCUACUGCCGCAAGUGGAGGAGGUGUGACGAUUGUGCCGAAUGCAGGGAGUAGUCCAAGCAAGAAGGAGGGAGCAGGUCGGCCCAAGGGCGUUGAAGGGUUGAUUGGGGAGAUUGAGAUUGACUUGGACUUGUAGGUGAGUAGCUCAUAUCCUUGUACCUUAGGCCUCAUCAGAGUCAUCACCUGCUUGACGACUUCAUCACCAUGGACGACAAGAUCCAGCUGAUUGAAGACUGGCUCCGGCCACUCUACGAAGCACACUGUACUGCUCACAAGGAUACACCCAAACCACCGCCAUUCUUCCUAGGCCUCACAGGU